AUGCAGGCAUGUGUUUCAGAUGGAUUUGCUCUCAAACAAGUGAUGCAAAAGAUGAUCAAAUCUGCAACUGGGGAAAGAUGUAACGACUUGGAAGAGAUUGAACUAAAAGCAAAACUAGAAGCGAUUUUAAAUGGUAGGAAAGACUUGCUUAUUUUAGAUGAUGUUUGGAACGAAGACUCCCAGAAGUGGCUCUUGCUGAAGCCUAUAUUAUCAAAAGGUGCACUUGGAAGUAAGAUCAUAGUAACCACCAGAAGUAAACGUGUUGCACAGAUUAUGGGUUCUGCUGGCGCGCACGAGUUAAGUCUUCUUGAUCAAAAGGAUUGUCUGUCUUUGUUUUACAAGUGUGCAUUUAUGGAAAGGCAGAAGGAGCAACAUCCAAAUUUGGUAGAAAUUGGGAAAGAAAUAGUGGGAAAAUGCAAGCAAAUUCCUCUGGCAGUAAUCAACUUGGGAACUCAACUUUAUGGUAUAACUGAUGAAAGGGAGUGUAAAUUGGUAAGAGAUAGUGAGACCUGGGAAGAGAAGGAAGAUGGUAUUUUACCUGCUUUAAAAAUAAGCUAUCAACGACUCUAAAAUCACUUGAAAAGAUGCUUUCUUUAUUGAUCGAUCUUUCCAAAAGAUUAUAAGUUCACGGAUCCGUAUUGGUGCAGUUUUGGAUGGCACAAGGACUGGUUCAUCAAUCAUCACAUCCAAGUGAAAACUUGGAAGAUGUUGGGAUUCGCUAUGUGCGUGAGUUGAUCUCAAAAUGUUUCUUCCAAGAUGUUAACGAUUUGCUUUUUGUACUUAGCUUUAAAAUGCAUGAUUUAGUGCAUGAUCUUGCAUCA